GCUCCGGCGCUCCUCGGCCGUCCCCGGCCCUCUGCCUGGUCGCCAGGGACGUGCUACUCCCCGCGCCGGCUCUGGCCCUUUGCUCCGGCCAAUCCCGGUGCUGCUCGCCUGCUCGGCCGAACUCUGCCGCCCAAGACUUGCUGUCAACAAACUGCAAGCAGGCUGGGACAGGGAAAAAGAAGGGGAAGAUAUAUUUCAUUGCAAGUUUCAACACCCAGUGUUUCAGUUGGACUGAAUCAACUCCACAAAUUGGAACAACCAUAGAUUGGACCACCGCCUUUGGCUUCAAACAACCCGGCUUCAAUCUCAACUCGAGAAAGGCGAUGGAUCGAGGUUGGAUGAGUCAACCAAGAGCUAGUGCUGCUUACAAAGAUGGUGUCGAGCAAUUUCUGUCUUUUGCAUUCCAUGAUGUUCCGGCUGGUGAUAGAAUUCUCUGUCCUUGUGUAAAUUGCCGAAAUAAAGCUAUGCAGAGUUAUGAUGGAGUGAAAACUCACUUGAGAUGUGAUGGUAUUCUUCAAGGUUACACUAAGUGGGUUUGCCAUGGAGAGGAUUAUAGUGAACCAUCAUUUGCAUUUGCUCAUGUAUCAUAUAACAGUGGCAAUCUUUCUAUUCCUGGCAUCCCAAGGAAUGUUGUUGGAGAAGGCAACCAUGGAAGGUUGGAUGACAUGCCAGGACUAUUAAGUGCUGUCUUUGCUAUGGCUAACAGUUGUGAAUCUUUAUCAAGCACAUCUGAUGGUGAAUUAGAUGGCGUUGAAUUUGAGAAUAUGGUACCUAAUUCAGUUGAGGAUGAGAAUGCAGAUGCUCAAACAAGGAAGAAACCUGAUACAUAUGCAAGCUUCUUGGAGGAUGCAAACAUGGAGUUAUACCCUGGAUGUAAAGCAUUUUCUAAGUUGUCAUUUCUCAUCACCUUGUAUCACAUGAAAUGCUUACAUGGAUGGUCACAAGAAUCAUUUACAACGCUACUUGGUGUUUUGUCUGAUGCACUUCCACAGGCACAACUACCAAAGAAGUACUAUGAGGUACAAAAAAUCAUCCAUGGCUUAGGCCUUGACUACGAGAAAAUUCAUGCAUGCCCCAAUGAUUGCAUGCUUUUCCGAGGUGAACGAGCUGAUCAAGAGUCUUGCCAUGUGUGUGGCAGCUCGCGUUGGGUUACAAAUGAGAAGAAAGACUCCCAAGCUGAAUCUGUAUCUAAGCAGAAGAAGAAACCAGCCAAGGUGUUGCGUUACUUUCCUUUGAUACCGAGGAUUCAAAGGCUCUUUGCAACAACAAAAACAUCAGAUGACAUGCCUUGGCAUGAUGAGGGUCGUACCAAAGAUGGAAAGAUACGACAUCCAGCUGAUGGCGAGUGUUGGAAAGAUCUUGAUGCUAGAUACCCCAGUUUUGCUGCUGAUCCUCGUAAUCCGUGCCUUGGCAUUUCGAGUGAUGGAUUUAACCCUUUUCGGAGUAUGAGUUCAAAACAUAGUACUUGGCCAGUGAUGCUUAUCCCGUACAACCUACCGCCUUGGAUUUGCAUGAAAGAAACAUCUCUAAUUUUAUCGAUGAUCAUUCCUGGACCAGCUUCCCCUGGGAAUGACAUUGAUAUAUAUUUGUAGCCACUGAUUGAUGAGCUCUUACAGUUAUGGGAUGGUGUAGACACAUUUGACGCUUCCUCGCAGGAGAUAUUUCCACUCAAGGCUGCACCGUUAUGGACUUUAAAUGAUUUUCCAGCAUUAGCUUACAUGUACGGUUGGAGCACAAGUGGUAAAUAUGGGUGUCCAUCAUGUGGUCCUUCUACAAGAUCAUUUCGCCUGAAUAAGGGUAUGAAACUUUGUUAUAUGGGUCACCGUCGCUGGUUACCACAGGGUCAUGUAUUUCGAAACCGAAGAAGGCAGGAAUUUGAUGGCACUAAAGAGACAGAAUUGGCACCGACAACUAUGAGUGGUAGUUCAGCUUUGAAAAUGUUGCAAGGCAGAGUGUUUGUGUUAGGCAAAAAAGGCAAUAUAGCAAAGAAAGCAAAGGGCGGAAAGAAGGUCAAAAACAGUGAAAAAGAAAAUGAAAAGAAUCAAGAACC